UGUUCAAAACUGUCACAGACCCGGUCAAGCUUGUGAAGGAGGGGUAAAGGAAAGCCCUACAUUCUCGGAUCUUUGAGAAAAAAACUUUUUUUUCGCUCAAGUGAAGAAGCUUAUCUGUCACAUUUGGGCAUAUUUUUAUAAUUGCGACUCAAAAUUUGGAUAGGUGUGUUCUCCACAGGAUCUCAAUACUUUUUAACCUGCCUGCUGCUGACAAUAGCGGUGGGACAAGCCAGUUGCUGGAAUUCGGCACUGGAGAAUGAUGCAGCUACGAUAGCAGGCACACGCAGAAUAAAAAAGCAACAACAGCAGGCGCGCACAUAUCCACAUUAAUACACUCGCAUACAGGCACACGCAAACAAACACGCGCACGCCCGCGCGCGCACACCGUACUGCAUUACACACAGUAUAGAGAGAAAAUACAUAGGUACGUUGAUUGUUUUCACUGUCAAUCCAUUUGACUAAAUCUAUUAAGAUAUGUAUGUAGGUAUAAUUUAGUUUAGUUUUUUAUUAUAAUUGUUCAUUUUCUUUUUGCAUUUUGCUGCAAUCAUAACUGCGCUUGCUUUAACGAUUUUGGGAAAAAAAGAAAUUCACUUUUUUAGACCAAAAGGCGCGAGUACUUUUCUUCAUAACAGUUGAACCUUUUUGAAGAAAGGAGGUGCGUCAUUCGCAGAUAUUUUUAUACAAAUUUUGCUAUUUAUUUCCCCCCUGCCCCUAAACCAAGCUUUGAAAUACGCUGUGGAAAGGAGUUUCUAACACACUGGCCGGGCCAUCCCCCCAAGCUAAAAGACUUCUACGAUGGAAAUACACUGUAAACACGACCCGUUCGCAGCAAUGCAUAGGCAUGGUGGAGUGAACCAGCUCGGGGGAGUGUUUGUGAAUGGGCGCCCCCUACCGGACAUGGUCAGGCAGCGCAUCGUGGAGCUGGCCCACCAGGGGGUGAGGCCCUGCGACAUCUCCCGCCAACUGCGAGUCAGUCACGGCUGCGUCAGCAAAAUCCUGGGCAGGUACUAUGAGACAGGCAGCAUUAAACCGGGAGUCAUCGGUGGAUCUAAACCAAAGGUUGCUACACCCAAAGUUGUCGACAAAAUCGCAGAGUACAAACGCCAAAACCCCACCAUGUUUGCCUGGGAGAUCAGGGACAGACUGCUGGCGGAGAGAGUGUGUGACAAUGACACCGUGCCCAGCGUCAGCUCCAUAAACAGGAUCAUUCGGACUAAAGUCCAGCAGCCUCCUGGCCAGCCAGGUUCUGUCUCCUCUCACAGUUUAGCCUCCACGGUCACGGUGACUCAGGUGUCUGCGGUGACCAGUGACUCAGCCGGCUCCUCUUACUCAAUCAGCGGGAUUCUGGGAAUCAGCCCUGCCGCAGACGGCAGCAAGCGAAAGAGGGAGGAAGCCCUGCAGGACUCGCCGCUGGCCAAUGGGCACUCGCACCCGGGGCGGGACUUCCUGAGGAAGCAGCUGAGAGGGGACCUGUUCACGCCGCAGCAGUUAGAGGUACUGGACCUACAGUUUGAGAGACACCUGUUCCCUGACCACUACCCCACCCCUGAGCCCGGCGAGCCCCAGGAGACGACAGACUAUUCAGCCAUGGCCACUCUGGCCGGGGGCCUGGAAGAGAUGAAGAGCAGUCUUGCUAACGCCGGGGGGGCGGACCUAGGCACCAGCGUUCCGGGGCCACAGUCUUACCAGCUGGUGUCAGGUCGUGACUUAGCAAGCACCACGCUGCCAGGCUACCCCCCUCAUGUGCCCCCUGCAGGCCAGGGCAGUUACUCCACCCCAGCCCUGACUGGCAUGGUACCAGGUAGUGACUUUUCUGGCAGUCCAUACUCCCACCCACAGUAUUCCACAUACAACGAGUCCUGGAGAUUUCCCAACCCCGGCUUGUUAGUAUUCCAGCAGGACUAUGGUUCGCGCCUGGGCACCGAGAUUGGAUGCACCUCUGGGCUUUUUGCCAGCCAGUCGGGCCAGAUGCAAGGGUCUCCGUACUACUACAGCACAGCUACACGAGGAGCUGGCCCAGCAGGCACCACCACUGCCUACGACCGCCACUGACCCCGCCGCCCGCCAGAGAAGGACAGGAGGGAGACGGAACGACUGCACCAGCGCCGCCC